AUGGGGAACUACAAAUCCAGACCAUCACAGACCUGUACAGAUGAGUGGAAAAAGAAAGUGAGCGAGUCGUACUCUGUAAUCUUGGAGAAGCUGGAAGAUGACCUCCAACUCAAAGAUAGCGAGCUCGUGGACCUCAAACUUGCGUUCAGCUCCGACGAAGCGUUUCAGAAGGUGAACUUGAACUACCGGACAGAGAGAGGCCUGUCCUUGCUGCAUCUCUGCUGUGUGUGCGAAGGUAAUAAAGGACAUAUCAGUUCUUUAAUGGUCAAAGGUCUUCGGCCUUCCAGAUUAACCAGGAAUGGAUUCACUGCACUUCACUUGGCUGCGUAUAAGGAUAACGGUGAGCUGGUUACCGCGCUCCUCCACGGGGGAUCGGACGUGCAGCAGCUUGGCUACGGGGCCCUCACAGCGCUCCAUGUCGCCACGUUGGCUGGACACAUGGAGGCGACUGAUAUUCUCCUCCAACAUGGGGCUUCUGUCAAUGUUCAGGAUGCUGUGUUUUUUACUCCAUUGCAUAUCGCCGCCUAUAAUGGCAAUGAGCAGCUCACCAAACUGCUGCUGAAGUUUGGUGCGGACGUGAACGCCAGCGGAGAAGUGGGUGACAGGCCACUGCAUCUGGCCGCAGCCAAGGGAUUCCUCGAUAUCAUUGCACUUUUGGUCGGGGAAGGAGGAAAAGCAAAUGUGAAUGCUCAAGACAACGAGGACCACGUGCCCCUCCACUUCUGCGCCCGUUUUGGCCACCAUGAGGUCGUUCGUUUCCUUCUUCAGGGCAACUUUGACGCACAAGCGCACGCCGCCAACAUCUACGGAGACACGCCGUUACACUUAGCUUGCUAUAAUGGCAAAUAUGAUGUGGUGAAGGAGAUUAUCCAGCUGUCUGGUACAGAAAGUCUCAUCAAGGAGAAUAUUUUUAGCGAGACUUCGCUGCACAGCGCAUGCACCUAUGGCAAAGACCUGGAGAUGGUUAAGUUUUUGCUGAGCCAGAAUGCAAUGAGCAUCAACCACCAGGGAAGAGAUGGGCACACAGCCCUGCAUAGCGCCUGUUUUCACGGUCACAUCCGCCUAGUGCAAUUCCUGCUGGACAACGGUGCCGACAUGAAUCUGGUAGCUUGCGAUCCCAGUCGGUCUAGCGGGGAGAAGGAUGAGCAGACCUGCCUCAUGUGGGCUUAUGAGAAAGGUCACGAUGCGAUCGUCACGUUGCUAAAACACUACAAGCGCCCCGAUGACUCCCCCUGCAAUGAGUACUCUCAGCCAGGAGGGGACGGAUCGUAUGUUUCUGUGCCGUCCCCUCUGGGGAAGAUCAAGAGCAUGACGAAAGAGAAAGCAGAAGUUCUUCUCCUGAGGGCCAGCCUCCCUUCUCAUUUCCAUCUUCAACUCUCAGAGCUGGAAUUUAAUGAAAUUAUUGGAUCAGGCUCCUUUGGCAGGGUUUACAAAGGCAAGUGCCGCAACAAAAUAGUGGCAAUAAAACGCUACAGAGCCAACACAUACUGCUCCAAGUCAGACGUGGACAUGUUCUGCCGCGAGGUGUCCAUCCUGUGUCGCCUCAACCACCCUUGCAUCAUUCAGUUUGUGGGCGCCUGUCUGGACGACCCUAGCCAGUUCGCCAUCGUCACUCAGUACAUCUCAGGAGGGUCGCUCUUCGCACUGCUGCACGAGCAGAAAAGGCUUAUUGAUCUGCAGUCCAAGCUCAUCAUCGCCAUGGACGUGGCUAAAGGGAUGGAGUACCUGCACAACCUCACCCAGCCGAUCAUCCACAGAGACCUCAACAGUCAUAAUAUUCUUCUCUAUGAAGAUGGGCAUGCAGUCGUGGCUGAUUUUGGUGAGUCCAGAUUCCUUCAGUCUGUGGAUGAGGACAACAUGACCAAGCAACCAGGAAACCUGCGAUGGAUGGCUCCUGAAGUCUUUACCCAGUGUACUCGCUACUCAGUCAAGGCAGACAUGUUUAGCUACGCACUCUGUCUGUGGGAGCUGCUGACCGGAGAGAUUCCUUUUGCACAUUUGAAGCCUGCUGCCGCCGCAGCGGACAUGGCCUACCAUCACAUCCGGCCUCCUGUCGGCUACUCCAUCCCUAAACCCAUCUCAGCACUUCUGAUGAGAGGAUGGAACGCAUGUCCAGAGGAUCGUCCAGAGUUUUCUGAAGUGGUCACCAACCUGGAGGAGUGCUUAUGCAAUGUUGAGCUGAUGUCACCAGCCUCCAGUAACAGCAGCGGCUCUUUGUCACCCUCGUCGUCCUCCGACUGCCUGCUGGCUCGAGCCGGGCCAAGUCGGGGUCACGUGGCUGCUCUGCGGUCUAGGUUCGAGUUGGAGUAUGCGCUCAAUACUCGGGCCUACGCCUUCUGGAGUCAGAGCGAGCGAAGGCGUGCAUCUGGAGGCCUCUCAUUGGAGGAAAUAAGGCGAAGCAUGCAGUUUUCUCCCAUAGAUCGCAAUGGUUACGUGUCUGACCCUAUGAGCACCAUGCGAUUCUGCUCCUCCUUCAGCAGCAAUGGCAGCUUUGAAGACAGUAACUAA